CCUUUUCCGUUUCUGGUAGUUGUGCUCGGGAUAGAACCUUGUGCCUCCCCCUCUCCCCCACCUUUACCCCGGUGUGGGUGAAGUGGCUGGGCCACGAUGGUUCAGUAUUUAUGACCAGCGUCCGCCCUGGUGCAGAACAAAGAAACUUGGACUUCUGGACAUUGGCCCUCUGGAUUAUCAAGAGUUUGUAGCUGACAUUGAAUCCAGGCUGAGGAUGGAAGGUGUGGAACUUAAAGAAGAAUGGCAAGAUGAAGAUUUUCCAAUACCUUUACCAGAAGAUGAUAGUACCGAAGCAGAUAUACUGGCUAUAACUGGACCAGAGAACCAGCCUGGUUCCCUAGAAGUCAAUGAAAAUAAAGUGAGAAAGAAACUAAUGCCUCCAGACAUUAGCCUGACACUGGAUCCUAGCGAUGGCUCUGUGUUGUCGGACGAUUUGGAUGAAAGUGGGGAGAUUGAGUUAGAUGGCUUAGACACACCCUCUGAGAAUAGUAAUGAGUUUGAGUGGGAAGAUGAUCUUCCAAAACCCAAGACUACUGAAGUAAUUAGGAAAGGCUCAAUUACUGAAUAUACAGCAGCAGAGGAAAAAGAAGAUGGACGACGCUGGCGUAUGUUCAGGAUUGGAGAGCAGGACCACAGGGUUGACAUGAAAGCGAUUGAACCCUAUAAAAAAGUUAUCAGCCAUGGGGGAUAUUAUGGGGAUGGAUUAAAUGCCAUUGUCGUGUUUGCUGUCUGUUUCAUGCCUGAAAGUAGUCAACCUAACUAUAGAUACCUGAUGGACAAUCUCUUUAAAUAUGUUAUUGGCACUUUGGAGCUAUUGGUAGCAGAGAACUACAUGAUAGUUUAUUUAAAUGGUGCGACAACUCGAAGAAAAAUGCCCAGUCUGGGGUGGCUCAGGAAAUGUUAUCAGCAAAUCGAUAGAAGGUUACGGAAAAAUCUAAAAUCCCUAAUCAUUGUACAUCCUUCUUGGUUUAUCAGAACACUUCUGGCUGUUACAAGACCAUUUAUUAGCUCAAAAUUCAGCCAAAAAAUUAGAUACGUCUUUAAUUUGGCAGAACUAGCAGAACUUGUCCCCAUGGAGUACGUUGGCAUACCAGAAUGCAUAAAACAGUAUGAAGAAGAAAAGUUUAAAAAGAAACGAAAAAGAGUUGAUCAAGAGCUUAAUGGAAAGCAAGACGAACCGAGAAACGAACAGUAAGUUUGGCGUCUAGUCCAAACAAGACCGAAGAAUGUGCUGAUGACGCAGUGCUGUUUUGCAUUCAUAAUGCAUUUGUUGGCCCAUAUUUUUAUGUAACCUGUUACAAGAUUGACCUGACUCUUCUUAAUGGACUUUUGUAUUAUACAAGGGACUGUUCACUGCUGUACUGGUUUGCAAAUCUCUUGAAUUUAGCUCUUUAAUAGCUAACGGUAUUAUCAUUUUAUGUUUUAUAUUGCUGAAUAGCAGAGAACCACACUUUAUAUACAACAGUUUUUGCAUUUGUUUAUUGAAUGAUGCGUCAUCUUCGGUGAAAUAUUUAUAUGCAUAAAAGGCAAAGGAAAGAAAUAAUAUAUAUUUUUAUGUUUUUAAGCAAUAUUUUUUAAUGUGUACCUGUUGUGUGGAAAAAAUAUGCAGGUAAAUUAAGACCAUGAUUUUGUAAAGUACAUAUUAGAAUUUUUGUUUUUGUAGAUGGUUAAAUACAUUUCCUAGGUAACUUGGAAAAUUGAGUUUUUCAUAAGGCAAUGAACAGUUCAAUUGAUUCUCAUGAAUACCCAAAGAUCAUGUACAUAAUCAAAGUGUAUUAGUCCAUCCCAAGGUUCUUUUCUCAUUUAACGUAAUAUCGUUUCAUAAUUCAGCAAGUACAAAUGCAAGUGCAUUGCACACUUUUUUCUUUUUAAAGACAAGUCAAAAAGCCAUUUUUAGAACUAGAGGAUUUAAGACAUUAGGAAUGGAGGUUUGUAAAUAUGUAUAUAUGGGACGUUUUAUUUUCUGACCCGAAGUCAGAACUUUAUAAAAAUCUUGAGUUUGUUCACUAAUGUGAAAUAAGCUGUGUGUCCAGGGCAUUGCUCCCCUGAAUGUGUGUGAGUGUUGUGUAGUAUUGCAGAGGAUAUGAUGAGUUAUUCACUGUCACAACUUUUUCUGUAGAAAACAGGGGCUGCUUUUUAAACCGCUCUCACUGUGGGCACUUUACCAAAAUACUUCCAUAUCAAUUAUUUGAAGUCAGUAGUUGUUUGACCUAAUUAGAUGUGGUGUUUGUUCAAAUUUCUAUGAAAUCAUGUUUGACAAUACUGUAAGUUAGGUUAAUUCUGUAAGUCUUAGAGAGCAUCAUUAUAUUGUGCUGUUUUGGAUAACACAUUUGAUACAAGCAUUUAAAUGGUUUCAUUUGGUAAGUACCAUUACGUUGAAAUAAAUUGUGUUUGUGCCUCCAGACAAAAAGCUUAAUUACCGAAAAAAUUAUUUCUGAAACAACAGAUUGAUCUAAUUUUGUGUCAUAUACCUGAAAGACUCAUGUGCAGCUGGUAAGCAUAAUACCUUCCUAAUCUGAAGGUUAUGCUACUCCAAACUUUCCUGUAAGGUAUUUUGCAAAAGAGUGCCCUAGAGUAGCAAAACUGAAGUGGAUGUGAGCUAACCUUUUAAGAGUGCGUCUGUAGAUUGAACACACAUGUGGCUCUUACCAUUCUCACGUCAUUCUAAGUCUCCUGUUACAAAAGGGAACUUUUCUCUCUAUACUUUUUGUCCUCCUCAGUCUUAUACUUGGCAUGCUGACUUAAAACCAAUUAUAAGAGAUGCUGGAGCAUUCCCAGAAUGAAACAUUCCUCAGCAGCCUCCUGACUUAACUCGGAUCCAGCAGCUCUUGGCAGAUCCGGAACUAACGUUACAGUGAAUGGAGCCAAAAUCAUUAUUGCUCGCUCACAUCUUAGGAACGCUUUUUGUUGAAGAAGCAAACUAACAAUAACACGUUAGGCAUUCCUUCUGAAUUUACCAUAUGAGGAUUACGUGUAAACAAUUGAUUGUGACUAGAUUCUCUGUUUGUAGACCAGUUAACAUAGUCUUUCAUUUAUGCGUCUUUACCUUGCUCAGAAUGGCCUGAGGUUUUUAACAGGUGGUUUUCCACCACAUUAAGUACUUGCUUCUUCAGUCUGAAAAAUAUGAAGAAUAACUUUCUUUUUUGUUUUUUGAUUUUCCAGUCAUUACUCCUAACUGUAGAUAUGUGUUGCAAAAGCCAUGUUUUUCUGAAUUUCUUUUUAAAAUAGAAGAAGCCUAUAUUCUGUUAAACAUAAAAAUUCAGAGACAACAGUGUUAACACCUGGGAUAUAAAGAAGAGGAGGUGCUGUGAAUCACGGAAUUAAAGGGAUACCUGCUUUGGCCUGUACCUGAAUGGAAUCUGGCAUAGGGAUGCACCCACAGUAAAUGUUUUAUAACUGUAAGGUUUAAGAUCAUAACUAGUAGGGUAGAGGAAGAUCAUUUAUUAAAAGUUUGUUAUUUCUAAUUUAUAGCUAUGUAACAUUUUCCCAGUUACUACAUUUUAAUUUCCCAUUACUGGGGUGAGAGUGUAUGAUUAUACCGUUUCAUCUUUCUGCUGGGACCGUGCAUCUAACAUACCUGGCUUAAUUUGAUGCUUUUGUCACUAGGCUCCAGGUGCCCCUUUUUUUAGUCAGAAGUUUUUCAUGUGAAAUAAUUUGACUCUGUGUUCUGCUUAGUCAUACUCCCAAGCAGGCACCAAGGGAAGAUGUUCUAUUCGCCCAAUAAUUUAAGCUUAACAGUCUUUAACUCAGAGGGAGAGAUGAAGAAAUACGAUUCUAAGUAGGGUCUAGCAGAGUCACUGGAAAGUGAUAAAAACUGGGAAGGGAAAGUCAACCUUUAUAAAGGGAUAAAAACAUAGCUGUUACCUAAUAUGCCACUGUAAGGGUGUCCUUCUUAAGAGAAGUACUAGAUAGGACAGCUGGUGGUACCAUUUCUUGUAUCCAGCAGGAAAACCUACAGGCUACACAGAAGAUAUGUGAAUAAAGACUGGAUUGAAGGGGAAAAGGCUGAUAAUACACACCUAUGAUGAGAAUUCAUAUUUUCUCUUUCUUCGUUCAUACAGAAGCAAGUUUGAACAGAGAAGGUUAGCCAUUACAGCACUUACAGUUGAAUUUUGAGGGGUUUGUGUUUCAUAUUUCACUGCUGUUGAACAUUGCUGUGGUUUUCCAAAAUCAACAUCACUAUUUAGUAAGGGCACCGAGUACUGAAAUCUGUUGACUGGCAAGCAUAUAUCUAUAGCUAGAAUUUCUCCAGCUGUAAUUCCAGAAUUUAAAAAGUUAAGAGAUCUGCUUUUUCAUAGAGGCCUUUAAAAAAAGACGUUUACCAUUUCUAUUUGGCUGUUGAUGUGAAUGCUCAGGGAAUCUGGAAAUGUGUUCAAUACAGAAGUGGCUUUUUAUAGUUCUUCAAGUGAUAAAUUAACAUUAGGACGGACAUUCAGGUAGAACAGGCCAGUUUGCUGAUGAGGGUGGUAGAGAUGUGACAGUCACUUCAUCCUUCCUUUUUCCAUGUCAUAUGCAGAGAAGUGUCAGUCUUGCUCAGUCAGAUGGCAGUAGGAGAUAGGCUGAAAAUAGAGAUUGCUACACCAUUCUAUUUAGUUUUCAUGCCUGCUUUUUCUCCCAUCCUAUAUGGACAUUUGAGAAAUGGAUUACAAAUCUGAGACGAAUGGAGUAAAAAGAGGCAAUAAUGUACUUAACAAGUUAGGCCUAUUUUGCCAUUAAAGAGUCUGUCUUGUUUCAGGUAAUCAGAAUUGUGUGGUGUGAGUUGCUGGGAGAAAGAGUCAAGAACUUAAACUUGAAUGGGAAGGCCAACUGGCAAGGGAAGUGGGGUAGUCUCUACUCGGUGUUCUACAAAACUGGCGAGCCCCUCCCCUAACCCCCACCCCGACCCUUCUUAAGAUUCUGAAUCAGAUCAGUGCGGAGAGCCAGUAAUGUAACUUACCUUGGAAGUUCUAAAUGAUAAUUGAAAAUAAAGUAGUAUAGUUAGGAGUGACACUAAAAUUUGAAUAUAACAGUAUGUUGCAACUAUCUGUAAUAGACCUACCUAUGUUUUGAGAACCAAGUAAAAUGCUAUGAAAAAUUCACAUAAAUAUGCACUUAAUAAAUCAAGCACCAAAUGAAAAUCAUUUUGUGCUUCUAAAUUAAUGAUAUUAAGCUAUUUAGUUUCAAAUAGAUGAUUCUGAGACAUCCUACAAGAAGUUAAAAUAUUUGCCUUUUGCAGUUUUAAUGCAAUUUGGCUAAGGAGGAACUUGGAAAAUAACAUUCAUCAGCUACUACACUGCACUUUUUGUAUGUGGACUUUGUAAAGUUUAAUGCCCCUUUAACAGCUGCUUGUUUAUUUUCGUAAACCUGGCUAGUAAAUAUUGAUGGUGUUCAGGGUCACAGACUUCCACAGCCCUUGGCACUAUUCACACAGAACACAGCUUUGAGUUUGUUAAGACACUAACGCACUUUGAUAUCUGUUUCAAGAAUACUUUUGUUACCACCAGUUCAUUGCUGUCAUUUAGACAAAAUUAAUGUACUGUAAUAUUUUCCUACUGUUAGGAAGAUGUUGCCUAGCCUAGUACUGUCAUUUUGCAUUGUGAGAAGUUCAGUUCUGAUGUCUGUGUGCAAGAUACUGAUGUGGUCCUUGUAAGAAACACGAGAGUUCGCCAUGAUUUACUGAGGAGGUGUAAUACUUUCUUUCCCUUUGACCUGUUAGGAAUAUAACUGUGUCUUUCAUUUGUUGCACACCAUAUUUUUGCAACAUUAAUGAAUUUAAAUAAAUUUAUUGGAACGUU